AGCUGUGGUGUGUCGGAGAAGUGAGAAACUUCCCUCACUCCUCCGCGCCUGCUUUCUUCUCUCUUUUUUCUUUUUCUUUUUUUAACAUGAUUCCAUCCCUUUUUCUGUAACUUCUCUCGGGAGCAACCGGAGGGUCCUGGCUGUCUUUCGUCUGAGCGGGGUGAUUGUGUCCUAUCUCCGGUCUCUCCGGAGGGUUUCCUGCACCGGCUCGUCCAGGACUUCGGCUGCAACUGGAGCGACUCCACCAAGUUUCCCCCACCGCGUUCCGCCUGAGGAAUGAGAGGACAGCCGGAGAGGAAGAGCCGACACUCGCCUGUUUGAAUGAACAAAAGGACCGACAUGGAGGAACACACUCUGCCGGGAUCCAAACCUUCCCACUCGGCUCUGAACACAAACCCGACGAGGCCUGACCCGGAGGGGGAGAGCAGCCCCCCGAAGACGGAUAACACUGAGAGAAUGGUGUCUCCAGCUAAGAAAAACACAGAUUGGAGAUUGACAACCCCCACAAAGUCUGACGUCAUUUCCCGGUCACCUGGGUCACCUGCAUCACCUAUCCCCAGGUUGAAAAGUGGUAAAGACACCAUAAAAGCAGAGGAGAGGCAGAAGCUUGCCAAGGAGAGGAGAGAGGAAAAGGCCAAAUAUCUUGAAGAGCUCAGCUUGUUACAAGCUGCUAAAAAGAGCCAGUGGCUGGAGAAGGAGGAGAAGGCCCGGCAGCUGAGGGAACAGCAGUUGGAGGAGCGCCGCAGGAAGCUGGAGGAACAGCGGAUCAAGGCGGAGAAACGGCGGGCCACCCUGGAGGAGAGGCAGAGACAGAAACUGGAGAAGAAUAAAGAACGCUACGAGAACGCCAUCCACAGGUCAACCAAGAAAACGUGGGCAGAAAUCCGCCAGCAAAGGUGGUCCUGGGCUGGUGGCCUAAGCCAGAACUCCAGCCAGAAAGAAGGCAGAUGCUCUGUGUCAACGGUCAACCUGCCCAAACACGUGGACUCUGUUAUAAACAAGCGACUGUCCAAGUCCUCUGCUACGCUCUGGAACUCCCCCAGCAGAACAGCCCGUGGCCUUGCACUGAGUCCAUGGGAGAGCAGUAUAGUCGACCGGCUGAUGACGCCAACGCUGUCUUUCCUCGCGAGGAGCCGCAGUGCUGCCAGUGUCCUCACCAAUGGCAAAGAUGGUUACUCUCCUCUCUGCCCCCGUUCGGCCUCAGCCAGUCCCCUCACCCCUCAGCCCCACCACCGCUGCUCCGACCGCUGGAGAGUGACGUCCAGCACACCCGACAUCACCCAGCGGCAACACAGACGGAGCUCCACACCCAUGGAUAAAAACAAGAAGGAAAAGAAAGACAAGGAACGGGAGAAUGAAAAGGAGAAGAUUGCCCUCAGUAAAGAGAAGGUGCUGAAGAAGAGACAGUCUCUACCCAGUAUGAGACACCGACCAGAUCCAAGUCCGAGUCCUUUAUCAAGACCACGACCGUCAUCCCCAGCUGUGCCCAAGGGUAGAACUGCCUCCCCCAGCCCUGCUGCCUCCCCCAGGCCUCCAUCCGCACGUGGAAGCCCGUCAACUCCAAAAGGACGACCGAAAAGAGCCAGGACCCCUGGCAGGAUAGACCACCGCACCUCCUCCCCCAUCCCCCUCGAAAGAGUAAAGGAGCCUCGCAGGCCCGCAACUCCCGAACAGAGAAAGAUUGCCUCGGCCCAUCCCUCGAGCACGACCGUUACAACCACUGCAGCCUCCCCCUCGCCUGAGCCGGUCCACUCGGCUCCUUCUGUUGCUGCUUCGUCACCGUCGCCGUCACCGUCGGCCAAGCCCAUGGCGGGCACCAACAACCCAGAGGAGGCCGCUCGCAUCCUGGCAGAGAAGCGCCGACAGGCCCGGGAGCAGAGGGAGAGGGACGAGCAGGAGCGCCGCGAACAGGAGGAGAAGGAGAGGAUCCUGAGAGAGGAGCGAAUAGCUCGGGAGGCAGAGGAGAGGCGACUUAGGGAGGAGGAGGCACAGGCCAUGGCCGAGGAGCAGAGGAGGAGGGACGAAGCCCAGCGCCUGCAGGACGAGAAGGAGGCCGAGGAGAGAGCCAAAGCCGAGCAGGAGGAGAACCUGCGCCUACAAAAACAGAAGGAAGAGGCUGAGGCUAAAGCCCGGGAGGAGGCGGAGAAGCAGCGUCUGGAGAGGGAGAAACACUUCCUGAAGGAGGAGCAGGAGAGGCUGGAGAGGAAAAGGCGUCUGGACGAGAUCAUGAAGAGGACACGCAAGACGGACGGAGGCGACAAGAAAGAGACCAAGUCCUCCCCUCUCACAAACGUCAAUGACAAAGAGGCAGAGAGCAGCAAAGCAUCUGCUGAUUAUCAGCCAAAGCCAGAGAUCAAUCUGCCCAAUAACGUGCAAGAAUAUGGACAGACGAGCGUCAAAGAAAGCAGCCCCUCAGUCCCAGUGGUCAACGGGUUCCAGCCCACGAGACAUGAAAACGGUCUAUCCACUAAAGAAGACACUGCCCACUUUGGAGAUAUCAUCCAUCUCGCAAAUAACGGCCACACCAGCAACGGAGCACGGGAUAAGUCCGAGAGCAGCAUGGCCACCGAGCCGAUCCUCACGUUUGAGAGUGAGGAGUCGUUCAUGAAAAAGGCAGGCCCCAUGAAGCCUCAGCAUGUUGCAGCAGCUCCACUGACUUGGGCCUGAUCCCAGACAGGAAUUCCUCGAAUAGCAGCGGCGGUGAGGAGACCCUAUCCACUAGUCCUUCACUGCGAAAGGGCUAGAAACAAGACCCCGUGGCAAUUAAGCAGCAUAUCACUCCUCGCCGAGCCGCAACGUCAGCAGCACCCUACAGCUAGCUCUUAAUCCUCACCUGUUUGCCUGAAGACUAGCCAGCAGUCAGAGAUAAGUAAAGCAAGCGGGGGGAAAAGCCCACGGACAUCUUUCCUGAAAGCACUCCACUUCCUCCGUUUCACGCCGCUUGCCUUUUAACUCAGUUAUACAAAGAGUGAACAUUCUCUCCUCUCAUGUUCACUCCUGUAAAUCAAGAUUCUGGAGACCUGGCAGGACAUUUCUGUUCAAGGUUUAUUGAUAUUAAAUGUAACCUCGUGGUUGUCAAUUUAUUUUGAGGCUCGCUUCGAGGGUUUAUUUGAAUGUCCAUACUUGUUGAGGAUAUGGCCGUUCUUGGCCUACUCAAUUAUAAACUUAUCUCACACGUUGGGCUCUUUUGAUGAUACAAUGGCUUUCACGACAGACCUUUCCAUUACGAGACAGUUUGCGUUAAUGGCCCUGUAACAUGUUUAACAUUUAGAAUUGUCAACAGGUCAGAGGUUUACGGACCAUGUCAUUGCUCAUAUCAAAGUGAGUGACUUUGCCCUUUGCCCUCUGCCUCCCUUCCAGAGGUCCUGUGACCUGCAGCGUUGAAGUGCUCGUCUCCUGGGCCACGGAGCUUUCCCGAGCCCUGACAACGCGUGAAUGGGGGAGCCUUGUGAGCUUUGCCAACCAUUUUAUUUCAUUUUCUUCAAAGCCCCUAAAAGCAAAUAUACUUCUCUCUGAAGAUGAAGCGGGCCAUGGAAGAAAAAGAUGAAGAUGAUGAUGUUGAUGAUGAUGAUGAUGAUGAUGAUCCAGCAUCAGGACACAAAAGCAAAAGACAACGGGGAUGAAAGGUGUUGCUGCAUGCAACACAGGUGUGUCAGUGUUACCAUUUGUAAAACAUCUUUGUGGCAUAGAUUCCAUGCACCUUAAUACUCAAUAGUAUCAUCCUUUUGUACAUUACUGUACAGCUGAGUAAUUAUUACCAUACGCUGUCAGUGUUCUUUUCUUUUUUCUUUAGUUAUUUAACUGAAAGAGAAAUAUAAAAGACUGGGUACAUUUUUGUGAAUAAUGUAAAUUAACUUUGUGUGAUGGACAAAGGAGGUCUGUGGUUUAAAGUUUUAUGAAAUGGAGUUUUAUGUUACUCUGCUCUGAGUAGACCCUCUAAGUAAGUCCUGGUCUGUAUAAAAAAGCUACAUGUAACAGUUUUUGUAAAGUUAAAUAGAGAAAUGUGGAUGCAACAGCUUCUUACUAUCUGUGCAAAUCUCGGCUAUUAUUGAUUGUACGCAGAACUGGAUGUAAUAAUGAGUGUGCAACUUCACCAAUAAGAACCCACAGGUAAUUUAUGGUCAAAUCCAUAGAAACUGGGAUUUACUCCACUAUUAAACAGUUAAAACUGUUUUGUUUCUCUCAUAUGCAUUGAGAUUACAUGGACUCGUAUGUAUCUGAAAUGCUGGUGCGUGUAUAUGCUCUAAUUAUUUUGAUGUGCGUUACGUCAGUGGGAGCAUCCUGAGUCUUAUUAAAGGCCAGCUGUCCAGUC